AUGCAGGCCGAACUGUCAAAUUUGGUUGGGCAAGAGAAAGCGGAAGAUCAUGCAUCCUCUUCGAAACCAACACCAGCAGCACCCCCUCAGGCUCCUGUUGACACGGCGAUGUUGCGCAGGCUGAACGAACUCAAAGAGGAAUACAGUGCAGCACGGAAAACGGCAAAAGAGGAAUUUCGCGCAAAAAGGUUCGAACGAGGAUUGCUUAGGAUUAACGAACUAAUCGGGAAGGUUGAAGCUGGUAAACCGGUGAAUGAGAACGAGAUCCCGGUCUCACUUAAGGCAUCUCAGCCAGCUGUGCCACCACCAGCAUCAGCAGAAGUUACUCCACCGGUACCCAGACAUCGGCAGGUACAGCUUUGUUUGUUACGUUGUAAAUUUUAG